CCCGGAACUAAUAGUCGCACGGCAAAGAGGUGGGAGGCGGGUGGAAGAAGAUAGGUUUGCCACGUCGGAAUUAAGGAAAGGUGCUGUCGGAGGCUUACUUAAAAAAAAUCAUAGUAAAGGGAAGAGUUUCUACUGGCUUAUUUCUUAUUCAUUUUUAUAUUUUCUUUAAUCAGCUAUCUCCAGCGGAACUAUGGUUUCAGUCAUCAACACUGUGGACACGUCCCACGAGGACAUGAUCCAUGAUGCUCAGAUGGACUACUAUGGCACAAGACUGGCCACGUGCUCCUCCGACAGGUCCGUAAAGAUCUUCGAUGUGAAGAACGGAGGCCAGAUCCUCGUGGCAGAUCUGAGAGGGCACGAGGGCCCUGUGUGGCAGGUGGCCUGGGCCCACCCCAUGUACGGGAACAUCCUGGCCUCCUGCUCCUACGACCGGAAGGUGAUCAUCUGGAAGGAGGAGAACGGAACCUGGGACAAGAUGUACGAGUACACGGGGCACGACUCCUCAGUGAAUUCUGUGUGCUGGGGGCCAUAUGACUUUGGGCUGAUUCUGGCCUGCGGCAGCUCCGAUGGGGCCAUUUCCCUCCUGACCUUCUCAGGGGACGGACAGUGGGGCGUCAAAAAGAUCAGCAACGCACACACUAUCGGCUGUAACGCGGUGAGUUGGGCGCCGGCGGUGGUCCCUGGCAGUCUCAUAGACCAGCCGUCGGGGCAGAAACCCAACUACAUCAAGAGGUUUGUGUCGGGAGGCUGCGACAACCUGGUCAAGCUGUGGAAGGAGGAGGACGGGCAGUGGAAGGAGGACCAGAAGCUGGAGGCGCACAGCGACUGGGUGCGGGAUGUAGGCUGGGCUCCCUCCAUAGGCCUGCCCACCAGCACUAUCGCCAGCUGCUCGCAGGACGGACGAGUGUUCAUCUGGACGUGCGACGACCCCGCGGGGAACACCUGGACGGCCAAGCUCCUGCACAAGUUCAACGACGUGGUGUGGCACGUCAGCUGGUCCAUCACCGGCAACAUCCUGGCCGUCUCCGGCGGGGACAACAAGGUGACGCUGUGGAAGGAGUCGGUGGACGGCCAGUGGGCCUGCAUCAGCGACGUUAACAAGGGCCAGGGCGCCGUGUCGUCCCUCACGGAGAGCCAGCAGAGCGAGCAGUGAGACCCGAGCAGUCUGGCCUUCCCGGCUGCGUGGCUCCGCCCCCCGGCUGCAGGGCCCCGCCCCCUGUCUGUGAGGCUCCGCCCCCUGGCUGUGAGGCUCCACCCACUGGGGGGCAUCUGUCACUCCUGAUAAGAGCCUGCCCGGGUGUGGCUCCUCGGGUAGCCCCUUUCCGCAAAGACAUUUCUCUCUUUUAUAACGUUGUAUCCCUGUAUGUAUCAGCAGAUUGACCUGGACCAAUCAAAGGCUUUUUUUUGUCUUCAAUUUAGCCUAAAUACCCUCUCCCAAAUGACAGCAUUUCAUGAAAAGCCGAUCUCUUGUAUGUCAGAUGACCCAAGCAAAACAACGAAGUAGAAAUAAAUUAUCUGUGUUAAAAUGUUUUCCUGGUAUUGUUUUAUGACUUCGUAACUGCAAUCAUGGGUUUGAAUAAACUUUGAAUGAAGUAAGAAAA